CUCAAUGUGACUCAGCACAGCUUUUUGGGUCUCUCUCGCACGCAAAUAACAACCGUCCAAAAUGUUACGGUUCUAGCAUAGUAAAAAUAGCACCACAGGCUUUAAAAAAGAGCUCGUAUUUGGAAGUUUAUGUCGUGUUCCUAACAGCGUCACAGCCUCAUCAUAUCACACUCAACAUGCUUCAUGGCUGUUCUGUCCACAGAGAUUGAAUGGAUUCAUUUAUUGAGACCGAAUAGCAUCAUCGUCACGUUCAUUCAAUUUUUUUGCGCUCGUGAUGUGUCAGUGGAUUUUUAGGUAUCCAUCACGAAUGCCUGUAGAAUAAUGAUGUCUCGUCAGUGAGCGUGCCUGUGUGGGUCCAUGUCCUUCAGCUCACUGGCUGUUGGAGCUGCCGUUACCAUCACCGACAACACUGUGGAUCGGGGACUGAUUCGGGACCGCUGCUUAUUCUGCAGCCCAAGACACAUAACCGCGUGGAUUUAACGGGUUGUAUUACUACUGGAUGCACGAGAUGGAAUGCCGAGUGUUGUCGAUCCAGAGUCACGUAGUCAGGGGAUAUGUGGGCAACAAAUCGGCGUCGUUCCCGUUGCAGGUACUGGGCUUUGAGGUAGAUUCUAUCAACUCUGUGCAGUUCUCUAAUCACACAGGUUACUCCCACUGGAAAGGCCAGGUGCUGACAGCUGACGAGCUGCAUGUUCUAUAUGAGGGGAUCAAGCUGAACAACGUCCAUCACUACGACUACGUUCUCACAGGCUACAACAGAGACACAUCCUUCCUUGAGAUGGUGGUGGACAUCAUUCAGGAGCUGAAGAGAGCAAACCCUAACCUCGUCUAUGUGUGUGAUCCAGUACUGGGAGACCAUGGCUCUAUGUAUGUUCCCGAGAACCUCCAUCCUGUCUACAAGAACAAGGUGGUUCCUGUCGCUGACAUCAUCACACCCAACCAGUUUGAAGCAGAGUUGUUAACAGGGAAGAACAUCAGCACAGAGAAGGACGCUGUGGAGGUGAUGGACCUGCUCCAUAAGAUGGGUCCAGACACGGUGGUGAUCACCAGCUCUGAUCUCCCCUCCCGCCUUGGAGACCGCUUCCUGGUGUCCCUGGGCAGCCAACGGACUGUGCUGCCAGAUGGGACCAAGUCCACCCAGCGUGUCAGGAUGGAGGUGCCCAAGGUGGAUGCUGUGUUUGUGGGGACAGGAGAUCUGUUUGCUGCCAUGCUGCUCGCCUGGACACACCACCACCCCAACGACCUCAAGACUGCGUGUGAGAAGACCUUCUCAGUCAUGCAUCACGUGAUCCAGAGGACCAUCUCCUAUGCUCACGACCUGGCGGGCCCUGGCCGGCGUCCCAGCCCCCCCCAGCUGGAGCUGAGGAUGGUUCAGAGCAAGGCUGACAUUGAGGAGCCCGCCAUCGUCAUGGAGGCCACCGUCCUAUAGAGGCCCCGCCCCCCCCACCACGGCCCCCCAGCCCCCCCCCCCCCCCAUGCCCCCCAGCCCCCAAACGACCCGCCCUUGCCCCAACGCCACAAUCGCACAAUGUAUAGAUGUUGUCAUCUGACCCGUAACGUGACAUUGCCUUAGAAUCUUAACAGCACAGCACAUCAUAGGAGGAGGAGGAGGGGUGGAGAAGAGGAAGGGUGGAGAGGAGGGGUGGAGAGGAGGAGGGGUGGA